AAUAAAUAAUUGAGCAUCGCAGAGCGCAAGACACGAAUUUCAAGACCAUGUGUUAGCGGUGUUAUCGAACAAGCAUGUUUUUGAACUGAUGAAUUGUUUUUGUCUUCUCUGUUAAUAGUAAAAAUGAAGUUUUCUUACCAGUUUUCGAACUUGCUCGGCACUGUUUUUAAAAAAGGCGAUUUGUUAUUUUCGCCUGAUGGAAACUCCGUUAUUAGCCCCGUCGGAAACAAGAUUUCUAUUUUCGACUUGAAAAACAACAAAUCUGCAACAUUGCCAGUUGAAAGCCGGUUCAAUUACACAGCUCUCGAUCUCUCUCCAAAUGGAAGGUUUCUGCUUGCCAUCGACGAGGCUGGAAAAGCCUUCUACAUCAGCAUGGUCACCCAGACAAUUUUGCACACAUAUCACUUCAAGAGAAAAGUUUCCAGAGUGAAAUUCAGUCCUGAUGGAAAAUAUUUUGCUAUUUGCAAAGAAAGCCUAGUGUUUGUUUACAAGGCUCCGGGCUACUCUGUGGGAGAACUAAAUCCCUUUGAGCUCGUGAAGUGCAUGAGAGGCGCCUAUGAUGACACAUCCUGCAUUGACUGGUCCUCUGACUCAAAGGUUAUUGCAAUUGGUUCAAAGGACAUGAUUACCAGAAUCUACGGCAUCAAUCGCUUUGCCAAUUUCGGAAUUCAGUCUCUUGGCAGUCACAGAGACGCCAUCAUUGCCUGUUUCUUUGAGGAAAAUUCUCUGGACAUCACGACCAUUGGAAGAAACGGCCAUUUGACCGUCUGGGAGUGCAACAUUGAGCUGGCUGACCUCAAGCUAUGGGUUCCUGAGGAAGUUGCCAAGACUGACGAUGAUGACGAGAAGCCCGAUGAUGUUGAUGAUAGCAGAGCAGAGUCUACUGAGGAUCAGGAAAAAGCUGACAAGAGGCGAGAGAAGGAAAUUUCCAUGGAGGAGGAGGAGGUGGCUACGAUCCUUAGCUACAAGAGAGCCUCAAGACACUACUUGAAGGAGCUGAUCAAGGACAACCCCAAGGCGACCUUGAUCAGCGCUGCCUACCACAAAUCCACGCAUAUGCUGGUCACCGGCUUCUCAAAUGGCGCGUUCUUCCUACACGAAAUGCCUGACGUGAAUUUGAUUCACUCUCUGAGCAUCUCAGAGCAAAACAUCAAUUCUUUGGCCAUAAACAACACUGGCGACUGGAUUGCGCUAGGCUGCUCUAAGCUGGGUCAACUGGUCGUUUGGGAAUGGCAGAGUGAGACCUAUGUGAUGAAGCAACAGGGUCACUACAAUAACAUGUACUGCCUAGAUUACUCGCCUGAUGGGCAGUUCAUUGUCACUGGCGGAGGAGACGGAAAGGUUAAAAUUUGGAACACUUUGACUGGCUUCUGCGUGGUCACCUUUAAUGAGCACACAUCUGCUGUUACUGGAGUCCAGUUCAGCAAAAACCGAAAGUCGGUUAUUUCUGCGUCUUUGGAUGGAACAGUGAGACUGUUUGACAUGAUCAGGUAUCGAAACUACCGCACAUACACGUCACCUCGCCCUGCCCAGUUCAGUUGUGUCGCCAUGGACAAUACUGCUGAAUUCGCGGCGGCAGGAGGCCAGGACACUUUCGAAAUCUACCUCUGGUCCAUGAGGAACCACAGACUGCUAGAAGUUUUAUGUGGACAUGAGGGUCCAGUGGUCAGUAUUUCGUUCUCCCCCUCAGUUUCUGGCACAACACUAGCCUCGGUCAGCUGGGAUAAGACAAUCAAAAUUUGGAAUACCAUUGAAACCGGCAGCGACCAUGAAACCAUUGAAAUGCAAUCUUCAGUUGUGUGCGUGGCUUAUAGGCCAGACGGGGAGCAGCUGGCAGUGGCCACGUUAGAUGGCCAGAUUUCGUUUUUCGAAACUAAAUUUGCAAACCAAACUGGCUACAUUGACGGCAGGAAAGAUCUGGGAGCUGGAAGAUCUGACACAGACUUGAUCACCGCCAAGCAGAAUCUGAAGGGAAAAUCAUUUACUUCCCUAUGCUACACUGCAGAUGGAGAGUGUAUUUUAGCUGGGGGCCAGUCUAAGAACGUCUGUAUUUAUCACGUUAGAGAAGCUCUCUUGAUGUCCAAGUUUGAAAUCACGCAGAACAGAUCCUUGGAUGGAGUUGAUGACUUUAUUAGCAGGCGUAAUAUGAGCGAGUAUGGAAAUCUGGCAUUGGUUGAGAAGCGUGAGGAAGGCGAUGUAUCAAUCAAACUGCCUGGAGUGAAAAAGGGCGACAUGGCAGCCAGGAGUUUCAAACCAGAAGUCAGGGUUUAUGGAAUUCAUUUCUCGCCAACUGGCACUGCAUGGGCAGCAGCUUCGACAGAAGGACUCAUUGUGUACUCAUUGGAUCUAGGGAUGAUGUUUGAUCCUUUCUUCCUUGACGAAAGCAUCACUCCUGAUUCAGUAAAGAAAACUGUAAGGUCCAAAGAGUGGUCAAAGGCGUUGAUGAUGGCCAUUAAACUGAACGAGAAGCCUUUGCUUCAAGAAGUGCUUGAGUCUGUUCCCCACCAAGAUAUUGAAUUGACAGCAAGGACGAUGCCAGUGAUGUAUGCUGAGCGUGUGCUGCAGUUUGUCGGGCUAGCUCUGGAGAGCACACGACACAUUGAGUACUACCUGUUGUGGGUAGAGCAUCUGCUGACCUCUCAUGGGCAGCACCUCAGGCAGACUAGCGCCGAAUCUAUGCCUCUGCUGCUCACCCUGGAGAAGAGCGUCAACAGGCGCCACGACGAUCUCAGCAAGCUGUGUGAUUUCAACAAAUACACAUUGGAGUACGUCCUGAGGCAAGCCAAAAUGCGGCAGACGAAGCUUGAGGCGCAGCAAGCCACUGACGACACUGAAGAAGUCAUGUGUGUUGAUGAUUGAGAAGUAGUCGAGAGAGACGCCGGGCGCGACUCCGAGGGCCUUGUCCCACUCGCCGAGGCGCACCAUCACCUCGCAGUAGCGUCUUAGGGCUCCGGCCCUCAGGAAGCCGUCAGCUGCCUUCCGCAGCUCCGCCUCCGCCUUUU